UUCUUCACCGUUUCGUCGGAACAUUUCGGGAGUAGAACCUACGGUAGACACCACUCGCGACGCCUUAAGUGCCACGCGACUAGUCAAGCUCGAAACUUGCGAUCCGGUAGUAUAAAACUCGGGAGCACCCACGCGAAAGCUCAGUAUCACUCGUGACGCGCUUUGAAUCACAUGGCUACCAUCCUUCAGACCAUGACCCUUGGACAGCAAACGAAAAUGUACAACCUAGUUCAGCAGCAGUCGCCGCAGAACAACAACUGUGUUAUCGUUCCGAAUUCGCUUCAGAAACAGACUGUUUUAUCGCAGAAACGUGCCAUAGCUCCGAACCCGGUGGAGAGGACCUCGGUUUUGGUCAAUAACAACAACAACAACGACCUUCGUUGCAAGAGGAAAAUUCAGUUUAUGCCUUACGGUGCCUCGCCUCAGCAACCAGCCUCCGUGGCCAGGAGAAAUGCCAGGGAGAGGAACAGAGUGAAACAAGUUAACAACGGUUUCGCCACUUUGAGACAACACAUCCCCGCUGCCUUAGCCUCUGCGUUAUCCCCUCAAAGCGGAACUGGAAGAGGAGCGAGCAAGAAACUCAGCAAAGUCGAAACUCUCAGGUUAGCAGUCGAAUACAUCAGGAGUCUCCAACAGCUCAUCGACGAACACGAAAACGACAACACGAUGAACAGGGUAACCAACGAAAACGCCAUCGACAGUCGGUAUUACACCAACAGUCCCGAAUCCCUGAAUCAGCAAUAUUCCUACCCAAUUCUUCUGCCCACACCCUCCUGCUCAGAAGCAUCGGUAUCGCCGACACCUUCCCAAGGCUCAGAAAGUUCCUACUCAGCCGUCUCCGGCUACACGAAUAACUUGUACCAAGAAACCUACGAAAGCUACGAACCAAAGAGUCCGGUGGAUGAAGAACUCUUAGACGUCAUAUUCUCAUGGCAGCAAGAAAAUUAAGAAAUUCUUGCCCAGUCCUUCCUGACAAUAAGGAUAAUUCCAGUGCCUUUUGAAAGCCAGUGAUGUACAGAAUAUACGGUCCAUUUUUGAAGUUUAUACAACUGUUUUCUAGUCAUUUUUGUAAAUUUUUUGUAUAUAUUGUUUAUAUAGUUGGUUAAGUUGUAGAUUUGUUACUAGUUUACCAUGACAUUCCCAAUUCCAAUCUGAAUAGUCUAUAUUGAAAUUUUCUAUUAUGAUUCGUUUGACAGCUUCGUCCUGUUGCAAUUUUGGAGAAGUUCGUACUGAUUUAAAUUUGUUAUUAUGUCUUGAAAGGCUCCUUAUUAGGUUAAGAAGUUUUUUAAUGUGUAAGUCUGUUGAAAACGAAAUUUCCAUGACCAGUCCUAAGUAAUUAAGUUAUUUUUGUACAGUUCUAUUUUUGAUAAUGAACAUUGAGAAUUUUCUCAUGAAAUAAAAACUGUAUUAUAUUUUUUAAA